GAAUCAUUGAUUUUCAAGCGUGGUCUCAUUUGGCUGCUUUACUCAAGCGGGGUUGUGGCGCUGCUGUCUUCCCGCUGGAUGAUAGUUCAUCUUGAAAAUGAUUGAUAAAUACUUCAGUUUAUCGUUAUUUGCUUUAUCAUCCUACAAACCACGAUAAUACUCUUGCCCUUAUUGACUCGCCCAACUCCACCUUCACAAUAUGUCUUCUCAACCACAAUGCCCGGCCGUGAAAGCUGCAAUGGAUAGAAGCGGAUACUCUUUUGGAAAUAUUGCGGAAAAAAUGGGGACUAGCGAAAAUCACAUCAAGAAGAUCUGCACGGGGACUGAGGACCCUACUGCAGCAGAAUUUUCGCUGCUGGCUGGUGUUCUAGACAUUACAGAACCUUUACCAACAAGCCAUAAUGUGGCUAGAAAACGAGCGUCUAGCGACAUUGAGCAGCCAGAAUUAUGAACCUUCAAGUCUCCAGAUACACCCCUCUCAUCAACUUCGUUCGCAAAAAUAAGUCGUUAAAUGAAGUUGUGCGAACUUGUCGAAAACUGUUCAACAGGAACUCGGUGAAAGUCACAGGGAAAGAAAUAAUAUUGUAUGCUAUGAAGCAAAAGUCUCACACAACAACCUAGUCGCUUGUUCUUUGAAUAAACAGUGCCAAUAUCAAUUUGAUGUGACUUUUCCCAAUUUCAAGACUGAUCUUUGAGAAAGGUUGCGGAUUAAUAUUUUUUCGAAUGAUAAGCAAAUAAUACUUGUCUUGAGGGAGUGAUGAUUGAAAACCAGCUGCAAAUGGUGACUUUGUCUCAGAUUGAAUCUAAUAGGCUAGGUGGAGAAGAAAAUAUGAAUUUAGUCAAACAUGCUGGAGCAGGACAUGUUGACUCAGAAAGCUGCU